AUUAUCUCAAGACACAGCGGACAGGACAUGGAAGUUAGACCUUCAGCCUUCCUGCCAAGCCAGCGCUCAGACAUCAAAGGCGCCAGGGAGGCAUUUGGGCGGAGAGCAGCUGAGACGGCAUUCCUCCGGGCUUCCUAGACAGACCUCAGAAGCGUACUUCCGCUCUCGCAGAGAGGCCCGCGGAGCGGAGGAAGUGGGCCCAGGGAGCGAACAGCCAUUAGGAAGAAUGCUGAGUGCUCCAGCGUGAGUCGGACUGAGCUCAAUCGUGUGUGCAGAUACCAUUUUCUUGUCUCUUCUUUUCUGAACAUCAGUGUUGGUUGUUCAUUCUUUUACCAGUGACUUCUGAUGACCUAGCAAAUAAUGCCACACACUGCAAUACUGUGAAGAUACUCACAAGGAUACAGCAGUGAUUUAGUGAAAGCAACAGAUUUCUUUUGUGUUCAUCUGGGUGACCCUGGAUAGGAGUGAUGCCUCCAGGCAGGUGGCAUGCUGCCCGCUCAGCUCAGGUAUCAAGGGAACAAGGCUGCCUUCGUAUGGUAAAAGAAGAGGAGGAGGAUGGCUAUAUUUCAGUGCAGACUGCCAGGCCACAGACACUUAACCGCCCUGGCCAGGAGCUAUUCCGUCAGCUCUUUAGACAGCUUCGCUAUCAUGAAUCUUCUGGGCCCCUAGAAACUCUGAGCCGGCUCCAGGAGCUCUGCCGCUGGUGGAUGAGGCCUGAUGUUCUUUCGAAAGCACAGAUGUUAGAGUUGUUGGUGUUGGAGCAAUUCCUGAGCAUCUUGCCUGGAGAGCUCCGGACAUGGGUCCAACUCCAUUGCCCUGAGAGUGGCGCAGAGGUUGUGGCCCUGCUGGAAGAGCUGCAGAGGGAUCUUGAUGGAACCCCAUUGAAGGAUCCAUGUCUUACUCAGAAUCCAGAUGUGCAUUGGAUAGGCACUGGUGCUCUGCAGCCCGCACAGAUAUGGUCCCCUGCGUCACAUCUCAGGAACAGUUCUGCUCUAGAGGACCACUUGGAGACUCCACAUGGAAUAGGAAUUUGUGACUUCCUGGCUGAACAAACUGAUUCUCCUGCUGUCUCGGUGCCUGACUAUUUCCAGUUAGAAGAGGGCAUAGAAUACCAGGUAACAGCCAGCAAGCCUUUGGUAAUCAAGCUGCAGGAAGCUUUGACUUUCCAGGAUGUGGAGGUGACCUUCUCUCAGGAAGAGUGGGGAUGUUUGAACUCAGCUCAGCGCAAUCUUUAUCGGGAUGUUAUCCUGGAGAAUUAUGGGAAUGUAGUUUCUGUGGUGGGCUCCUCUCCCAAACCUGCUCUGAUCUCCUGGCUAGAAGCAAGGAAGCCAUGGGGUGUGAAUAUCUGCACAGUUCAGCUUAAGAGAGAUCCUGAUGCUGCUCCCGAAGGAGGUAAGCUUCAAAUUAAGCCAAACAAGUUCAUCUUGAAACAGAAACCUUCCGAAUACAUAGAAACCUGUGUAAAGACAUCAAUAAGUCCUGAGACAAGUGUUUCUGAGGAGACAGGGCUCAAAGAAUCUUUUAAACAGAAGAGUAGGCUACAGACAUCCUGUGGAGACUCCAUACAAAUGAAAGAGAUGAAGGAAGGAGCCGACAUUAGUCAAAGGACAAGAAGAGUAUCUGAAGUAUUGAGAAACAAUGAUAUUCUUGAGUUAAAACAUAUUAAAUGUGUGAGUGUUUCUAGAAAAAGGCUAUCCUUUAAACAUGGCUAUGACAGAAACUUCAGAAAAAGUUCACACCAUUAUAAUAAAUAUGGGGAAGGACUCAGAGGCACAGGUGAGGGGUUUGGUGUGUAUCAGAAUACUGGACUGAAAGAGAAUGGAAAGGACAGAUGUGGGGAGACCUCAAGGAAGAGCUGGCAUGCCCAUCCUGAGCAUCAUCAGCUAUGCUACAGUGAAGGGGGCCUGUUUCAAUGCAGGGUGUGUGGGAAAGCGUUCAAGUGGCGUUCAAACUGUAUACGGCAUGAGAAAAUUCACACUGGAGUGAAACCUUACCAAUGCAGCUUAUGUGAGAAAGCUUUCCAACGUUUGUCAGCCUACCGUCUGCACCAAAAAACCCAUAGUAAACAGAAACGUGGAUCCAGUAAGUACAAAAAUGGCCUCACCUGCAGCUUGGAUGUCAGUCAUCAUUUGACAGACGGGGAUGAGGGAAAACACUUACAUUGUAACCAGUGUGGGAAAAACUUCUCCUGUAAGUCUUAUGCUAUUGAACACCAAAGGAUUCACACACAGGAGAAACCUUAUAAAUGUACCAGAUGUAGGAAAACCUUUCGGUGGAAGUCAAACUUUUCUCGUCAUAUGAAAUUACAUCACAAAGAGGUGUAUAAACAAGAGAAACGUCAAGAAGACUUCAAGCAGAGUUACAGGCAGUCUCAGGUUAUCUCUACUGUAGAGAAAACUUUUCCAUGUCAGAAUUGUGGGAAAACUUUUACUCAAAAGAAAUCACUCAUUGAGCACCAGAGGAUUCAUACAGGGGAGAAACCAUACCAGUGUAGUGGGUGUGGAGAGACAUUUACCUAUAGGUCAUCUUAUAUUAUUCAUAUGAAGCGAAAGCAACAUGCUAUUAAAAUAAAGCCUGAACAUGGCUGCCUAACUGUUAGUCAGGGUGCAGUGUUUCCCAUUCCUCAGGAUAGUCAUAAUACAAAGGGGUCUAAUAAGUGUAAAUACUGUGGCAAAGCCUUUGAUAACCGCUCAUUUCUUCUCAUUCACGAGAGAGUUCACACUAGAGAGAAGCCCUAUCAGUGCAGGGAGUGUGAAAAAGCCUUCCGAUGGAGUUCCAAUCUCUACCGACAUCAGAGAAAACACUUUUUGCACAAGCGGUAUAAGUAUCGUGAAAGUAAAGAGACUUCAAAUCUACAGUCAAAAAUUCUCAUUGAUCAGAAGCCCUUUUGGUGUCAAGAAUGUGGGAAAACCUUUACACGUAAAAGAAGCCUUUUAGAUCAUAAGGGAAUACACAGUGGAGAGAGACGCUUUAAGUGCAACUUGUGUGAAAAAUCUUUUGAUAGAAACUAUCGACUUGUUAAUCACCAGAGGAUCCACACUACAGAGCAACCACAGUGGCGUGAUAAAGAUUUUGUUGGGAUACAUGCCCGUUCUGUUGACCAGAGAAAACACAGCAGCAUGCUGCAGUCUGAAUAUGGCCUACAUUCAGAUAAGCCUGGCUUAUCUUACUGUCAGGAUGUAAGGUUAAAUAUUCAGGAACUAAGUGGAAAGCUCCGUAAAGAGUGUGAUAACCCUUCUGAUGAGAGUUCCAAGUCAAUUGCAUUCCAGAAUAUGCCCACCAAGAAGAAAGCCUGCCACAGAUGCAGCACUUGCGGGAAAACAUUUAAAAAGCAUUCACAUCUUAUUAGCCACAAGAGAUGUCACACAAAAGAGAGGCCCUUCAAAUGCAUAGUGUGUGGGAAGACCUUCAGGUGGUCUUCCAAUUUGACUCGGCAUAUGAAAAACCAUGUUAGAAAUUAGCCUGGGGUCUUCGAUGACGGUGGGGGUGGGGAAUAAUUCUUGGUCACAUUCUAGAGAACUUUAGUGGUAGGCACUGGGGAAAACCUUUGUAAAGGUCCAGUCCUUUUUGGCUUGGAUGUUCUUGGUGUGGAAUCUUGAUGAUUUCAAAACUCAGGAACUUCUCAGUCUUCCUUCUGGAAAGAGAUGUUGAAAAAGAACAGAAUGUUCUCUGGGGUCUUUUAGAGAUUCUGGCCCCUAGGUUUAGCCCAGGACUCUGACAGCCAGGUCUCCUUAGAUAAUUCUUGCUGUUUGUGAUUAUUGGAAAGCAUGUCUGUAGCCUAGUAAGCGUUGUCUGUUGGGAAGGGGCCAUUUAGAUCCCCAGUUCUUCAGGGUCAGUUUGUGUUGGUGCUGUUCUGUUGACUUUAAAACCAAGAACUUGUAUUCUACAUCAGAUGUCUCCUGGGGGCCCCUGGUUGGGGCUUCAGUUUAUAAUCGGUUUUUGGUUAUUAACUAUGGUCCUAAAGUAGUCUCAGUGGCAAGUGAAAAGGACAGGGUGCUAGGCUCCGUUGCUUGGUCUAGACAGGCAGCAUUACUCCAUCAUUUCAGCUGAGAUACAAGAGCACUCCUCAUGUGCCAGUGACCAGAACAGACAAAAACCCUGCUGUUUGGGGAUCUGUAAGUCACUAAAUGAGUUAGAUCCUAUUUUGGAUGGUGAUAUGUGUUGAGGACAAAGUCAUCCAGAGAUGAAUGGCAAGGAAUCUGGCUAGGAUGUGGAUUGUAAUUUUAAACAAACUGUCCAGGAAAUAGUAUUACUGACAGUGAAACUAAGUGGGACCAGGUGUUAGGAGGCAUUGACAUCUCUAGGAGUUGCAAGACAGACAGACAGGGCUACAUAGAGAAACCUUAUUUCAAAAAAAUAAAAAAUAGGAUAAAUAAACAAGACACCCCUCCCCCCCAAACCUAACAAACAAAAUACCUAAUUGACUAAAAAGCUAAAGGAAGUUGGAAUUGGGGGGGGGGGGGCGUGAGCUAUGUUGCUCUAUUGGGAAAGAGUAUAAGAUAGAGAAGGUAGGAUCUUAUCUGGUGACUUUAGGGUAGUAUAGAGUCCCUUGGGUGGAGUAGAUGAGGUAUUGUUUGCACAUUAGUUAUAAUGUCAUCUCUGGUAUAGCCCUUUGUUCAUAGUCCUGAUUAUCCUGGAACUUUGUCCUUUAAGCUCUCCUGCUCCUAUCUCUUUUGAGGACUAUGCCUUAACUGCUAGUGUGACCUGGGUUCCCAGUUAUGCUUGUCACUGCAGCCUGACCAAGCAAGCACUUGGGAAAGCUGUGCUAGGGUGCAUAUGUUGACAGAUUGUGCAAAACAAGUGAAAAAUGCUGCUUCUCCAAUCUGAAAAAAAAUGAGUCUGCACAGUGCUUGUGUUACCUUUGCCUGGGUUCAGUUCCUAGCAUCUAUGUGGCAGCUCACAACCAUUGGCAGUCCCAGAGAAUCCCGUGCUCUGUCCUGAAUUUUGUGUGCUCCAGACAUGCACAUGGCUCACAGACAUGCAAACAAAAUACUCAUACAAAAUACAUUUUAAAAAUAGCAUGGGUAUGAAAACAAAUCUGUACUUUCAAAUUGCCUCUCAGAAAGAAUCUAGUUCUGCCAAGUCAGGAGUAGAACUGUAUUUUAAAUGGGUCUUGAUCAGAUAGGUUGGGGGGUACUUUAUAAAACAGGCCUUGAGUCUAGUAUUGAAUGGAAGUUGUACUCAAAAGUACACAGCUGCUAGGUACGAGCCCAAUUACUGACGGGUUUGAGUAGUAGAGUGCCAGUUGACAGAUUCUGAUUGUCUUGGCAACCAUGUCUAAUCUUGAACUUGGCCUGGAAAGCACAGGCUUCUUUGAGCAUGGCCUUUCCACUGCCUGAGGAACUGAAGUUGGGGGUGGGGGUAGGCAUAUGGGCUGAGACCAUUAUGGAGUAAUGGGUAUUGGAUGGCCUCUUAACUCACCUGGUUAGUGUGGUCAGUUACAUCCUUACUGAAGGAUAUCAAACCACAGUGUGCAGAGAAGAAACCAUGUAGGCUUUUUUAGUAAUCUCUUAGAGAAGUUAGUUUUUGAAAGCUCAAGUAUAAAAUGGGUGGAAUAACGGGAGUUCAGAUCCCCUUGUAAGUAGAUUGCCAGGGGACUUGGAAAGGCUUAUAGAAAAUGUGUGUUCUAUCUGUGUGUCCCUUCCUGGACCAAUGUGAAGAAUGAUGAACACGAGUUCAUCACUACAACAGUGUUUAGAUGGUGGGACCUACAGAACCCUGUUUGCUGUUAGCAGAACACACCGUGCAGAAGAUGUUUGGUACUUCAGAAAGAAUAUAAAGCUCAGUGUGGAGGAACACACUCUAAUCCUAAUGUGGGAUGCCAAAGCAAGAGGACCAAAAGUCUAAAGCCACUUGGGGAUAACGAAUAAUAAGAUCCUGUUCAAGCAACUACCAUCACAACAAAAACAGACAAUUAUAGCGAAUGUGGAAGACAUAUCCUCAAGCUUAGGAUGCUACAUGAAGAGUUGCAGAAGCUGUAUAUAAUAUACCAUUUAUAUGAAUUUUAAGCACAUUCAAAGUGCUCACAUCACUUCCACUGGGAUGGAGUUCUAACCUUAUAGGGUGGUGGUGGGGACAGUAAUGAUAUGCAUGUGUGACGUUAAGACUAGUGUCUGUCAUAUAACCAUUCCUGAUGUAUAGUAAAUAUUUUGUUCAAUUUUCUGUGGAUUCAAAAGGCGUGACAUAAGAGUGUAAACUUAAUGUAUGCUAUACCGCUCUAUAUUCUCUCAGUAUGAGAUGCUAGUGAAAUCACAAUGGAAACGUUCUUCACUUGUUUUUCUAAUUAUUGAUGCAGAUACAACCUAAGAUUGCUACAAUUUAACAGGAUAAUAUAGUGACUUCUUUCAACUGUUAAAAGUAAAUAAAAAUAAACAAAAAUUAAUCAUGGCCUCUGACAUCUAUAUAAUUAUACAGAAGUUCCAGCUCUGCCACUCACAAUGCUGCUACCUCCUCUUCCCUCAUCCCCUCUGUGUUAGAAAUCGCUCUGUAGGCCAGGCUGGCUUCAAAAACCAUAGUGAUCCUCCUGUCUUCCUACAGAGUGCUGGGAUUAAAGGUGUGCACUACCACACCUGGCCUAUUUUAUCUCUUAAAUUCUGAGCAUUAUCCUGCUAAAUAUGGAGUAACACAAAAUGGCUGUCGGUGAAGAGACUGUUAAACAGCUGCAAUAUGACAAUGAAAUGUGUCUGUUUGAAGAAAGCAGUUUUCUGUGUCUCCUCACUCUCUCCAGGUUAUGAGACUAUAAGCUAUUUUCAAUACCUCUUGCCUAUCCCCCUUUUAAAAAGUGAAACUAGAAAAGAGAUGAUUCCAAUGAUGGCAUAGAAUUUGGGACAGUGAUGCAUGUUAGCUAUCCCACUUUCCUGGCAAAUGGGAAAAACAUGAGUAUUUUAUAUGCCAAGUACCACAUCUUUUAAGUUAAUAUUUAUGGUGCUGUAAAUGGCAAAAUUGUGGCAGCUGGUACCUAUUGAAAAGCCAAAAACCAUAUCAGUUAUUUAAACAGCUUGUAACUAUUGACUGUAUAUGUUGAAGAAAAGACAGAAAAAGAAUGCCAGGGUAUAUUAGGGUAGAAACUGCUCUAGCAGUCUCUAUCCAGGACCAGGAGAGCUGUGGUAGUGUCUGUCCCCAUAUUAGAGGUGAGGAUGCUGACCAAGACCUUUUCUCACAUCUGGGCAAGCUGAUGGAGGAGGGAAGUUCAACCUGUCUAAACCCUAAUUUUUGUUAAUGCACCUAGGCCUUCAUUCAUUCUAUAACCACCAUAGACUGCCAGAGAGGUCCUGUAGGGCUUUCAGACCUAUGAUUUUGUGGAAGGGUGCCAGUACGAAGCAGGUAUCUUGGGGAAGGAGAUAACAAUUCACAGUGAGACUGAACUUCCAAUUGUUGGUCAGUCCCCUUUUGCCUGAAAAACAUGUAAUACAUACAAGUAUGUAUUUUCAGUCUACCCCCACUGUUCUCUUCCACUUUUUUUUCAUAGUUUAUAUCUUUUAUUGAUGAAAUAACAUUUUGGUUUCUAGAUGAUUGUGAACAUUUGAUAUGAUUAGUCUGUUAAAAUAUAACCAUUCUGAAAGGUA